UCAAUAGCACACAUACCGAAAUCUCAUACCUAUGCAAUAAAAUCACUAUAACCGUGCUGUAUGUUCCCUAUGAUCCAGCGCAAGAUCUCAAUGGAUCUAUGCAAAACGGUGUGUGGAGGCGGAAAAUGACUGGGAAAUUUUCCCCGUAUGACAACAGUCAGGCCUUGGCCACCCUUAUUUGGCACCUUGAAUUUCCCGGUUGGCUGGCUGACCACGUCGUUGACUCAAUUCUGGGCUCUUUACAUCAACCACUGGGUGGCAAACUGUGACUGCCCACACCUCCUGCGUUUAAAUGAGCAGCGUUGCAUGAACUCCUUUCUUUGAUAUGUUUUGAUUAGAUGUCAUCGUUGACCACAACAGGUAGCGUUUAAUGAAAGAGAUGUUGAGUAGGAACGAAGAUGAAGAGAGAGGU